UAAUAUUUUUAUUUGUUUAUUUGAUCUAAAAUUUUAUAAAUAUCAUUUAUAUUCAUAAUUUUGAUGAAAAUUACACUAUAUUAAGUUUAUAUAUUCUAUUUUUGUGUUUUAUACAAUCUCAAACAUGAAAAUGUAUUAAUGUUAUACACAAUUAAAGAUUAACGUGUUUUAUAACAUAGUAAACCUUCUAAAAAUUCUGCCCCGCAUUAUUUCCGAUUAAUCCCCAAUUUUUUAUUUAGGCGUUAGACCCAACCCGAUCGUCCGACUAGCGCCUACCGCGUUUCCGAACAGGGCCUUUUACAUACCGAUUUGUGGCUUAAAGUGUCUGACAUUGCAUUAUGUCAACAUUAUUGUUACUCAUCUAAUUUAUCUUCCAAAAAUUGCUAUUACAUAAAUAAGUCUAUUUAUUUAAUAUUGGUUAUGUAAAAUAAAAAAAAACGAAGGGAAAUAAAUUUAAUAAUUUACGUGCCAAUGUUGGCUUUCACGUGGCCAAUCCUAGCCAGCGUUCAUUCCCACCAGCGCAUGUUUCCUAGCUCUCGAUUCAACCGAAGGUCCGAAGUAAAUUUAAAAAAAAAACUUCAAAGCAAAGAUUUCUUUUAAUGAAUUAAAAUAAAAGUCGCUGUGAAAAAUAGCUGUGAAAAAUAGAGAAGACGAGAGAGAGAUCCGAAUCCAAAUAUCCAAUCUCGUAUGUAAUCUUCUCACUCACUAGAAAAAACCAAAACAAAACAGCAGCACGUCGCAAAAUCUCAGACAAUGCUCUGCUAUGUCGGAAAAGCAACUAAGAUUUUCAUUUUCAUCGUCACCGUUGUUGUCGUCAUUGGUCUCGUCGUAGGCUUUGGUAUCCACCGUCGUAACUCACACCACUGCUCCGGCGACUAUUGCUCAUCUCCCACCGAUUCUUCUUCUUCGGAGCUGUUCGUUUCUCCAUUCAGAUGAGAGUUUUGUUCGUUUAGGCAUUAAAAGUACAAGUCAUCUGGAUGGCUCAUCUGAAUGAAUUUUACAAAUUUAGGCUUAAUUUUAAAAAUCAGCUGGUUGAUCCAAAUUAGAUCAUCUGGAUGAAGAUGAAUUUGUUAAAAUGGUAUAAUGUAUAUUAUACCCCCAUGUAAUUUACAAAUUACAAACCUAAUAUCAUUUUAUCACCCUAAAAUCUGGAUGGAUCAUCUGGAUGGAUCACAUAGAUGGAGCAGCCGGAUGGAGAUGGCAAAUGGAGAAACGAACAGGACCUUCCUCUCCAGCUUCCCCUUUUAUAACUCCCUUUCCUAAUCCUAAUCCGAACCCGCCUCUACUCGGAUAUUCCCCGCCCGCCCUACCCGACUCAUCAGCAUCACCAAACCCAUCUGUUCCGAUCACCCCAAUUCUGCCGGCGCCGAUUGUAAACUCUAGUUCUCCUCCGCCUCCGUCUAAUCAGAAUCCUCCGCCGCAACUUCCACCUCCUCCGCCUGAUUCAGAUAUAACCACCACACCGCCUCCACCUGCAUCGUCGCAAAUAUCAAUCGCGCCGCCACCUCCAACUCUAGAAUUGACAUCACCGCCAUUAAAUCCGCCGACCUCCGUCGUCAAUACUCCCGCUCCUGGCAUGCGAAGCUGGUGAACGACUAAAGUAUACCACACAUUUGUAAAUUCGCCAUAUUUCUCUCACUUUUCAGUUCUUGAUCUUGAUUCGUUUGUUUUUUUUUCUUAAAUCUUUAAAUUAAGGUGAAACUUUUUUUUCUAA